UCCUCUUGAAUAGACAGUCGAAUCUACCUUUCCGACAACACCUGGGACGGUAACCGUCGUUUCUUAAGGAUUUCUUAAGAGUUCUUAAGGCGUGAAUCUUGGCUGAGAGACACCGAAGCAGCCACCAUGUCUAUCAGAAUGCCAGACGGCACGCCUGUCGUGUUGAACAGUGGGACGGAGUCGGGAGGUGACGACGAAAUGGCGGGAAGGGCCACACGUGCGGCGGGACGACACGCGCCCGGCGGCGGCACCAACUCAGCCUCGGACCGAUCAUCCAGGUACAACCGCCUGUCCGAACUCAUGAAGGGGAAACGGGAAGCGGCAACGGCACAUCAAGCACAGGGACCCGGCUACAAUCGUGGUACCUACACAAGCCAUACAACUACGAACAACAGUUACCAACCCGGUUCGUUCAUGGCGGGCGGGGCCCAGGGAGGGUAUAUGGCGGGCUCCACUGGAUUUUCCUCGGGUUAUAGGUCGGCACCUUCAGGCGGUGGUUUCGGAGGCUACACGGGAGCCGCUGGAGGAAGGUUCCGUGCUGCCGACGUGUUCCCGUCGGUGUUCGGAGGGACCGGCGCCGCCGGAGGCUCGGGUUCAACGUACCCCCGUGCAGGAAUGGGCGGAGGUUUCGGUGGUGGACACCACAGCGGCGGUCUUGGUGGCGGGCACGCCGGGUUCGCACCGCCCUCUGCAGCCGGAUUUCAGGGUGGCUUUUCGGGAGGAGGAGGAUUCGGACUAAACGACUUUUCAUCCACGACAGACGGUCUCUUCGAUCCCCACCGCCCCCAGAACUUCGGGCCGGGCGGGAUCAGGAUGGGGGAUCCGCUGGACUUUGACGACCUCGACCCCCUGACCCCCGUCACCCCCGACAUACCGACGCCUUCCUUCCCCGACCACCUCCGACGACAGCCCGCCAGUUUUACGGAGACCACCCGGACCUCCUACUUCGACAGGUUCAAAACCAGCGAGUCUUCAUCCCCGAAAGAGUCGGUAACCCAGAACGGAGAGGACCACCUCUUCAUCAGUAAGGCCUACAUAGAGCUGGAGAGGGGAGGGCGGAAAAAUCUGAACCCGAUGGUCAUCCAAGAGCCGCCAUCUGAAGACGACGGGCCGCUCAAACUGACCAACAUCGACUUCCUGAACGACGAAAACGGACGUGCGCACCACACGGAUGAGUUUGAGGAACAUAACGUGGUCCGGCGGGGACAGCCCUUCACCGUGGAGCUGCGCUUCGAGAAGACGUACGACGAGGGAGAGGACAAGCUGAAAGUGGAGCUCCACUUUGGAGACAACCCCCUACCGAACAAGGGCACACUGCUGCGUAUGCCGGUGGGAAAGUCCUUGGAGGACGGGAAAUUCAGCGCUGCGCUGGACAGCUCGGAGGGUGGAUAUGCGAAGGUGAAAAUCACGACGCCUCCCGACGCCAUCGUCGGCAAGUAUCACGUGGUGAUCGAGACGAUGUCCGACGGCAAGACGUUCCGCAGUAGGAAGACGGACGACAACACCGUGGUGGUGCUCUUCAACCCGUGGGUCAAGGAUGACAUGACGUAUCUAGAUGACGAUGCCCAGCUGGGGGAGUACGUUCUGAACGAACAUGGUUACCAGUACUACGGUACCAGCAGACGGAUCGGGAAGCGUCCAUGGAACUUUGGACAGUUCGAGCCCAAGAUCCUGGACGUGUGCUUGCGGCUUCUGGACAGGUCGCAGAUCAAGGCCGAGUCGCGAGGAGACGCUGUUAAAGUCAGCAGGAUCGUCUCAAAGAUGGUGAACUCUGCCGACGAUGGAGGCGUGUUGACCGGAAACUGGUCCGGGAACUACGCCGGCGGGAGGUCGCCCACCGCUUGGAAUGGCAGUGUGGAGAUUCUGCGCCAGUACUACGAGCGGAAUCGCCCCGUGUGCUAUGGACAGUGCUGGGUCUUUUCUGGCGUUAUGACAACAGUUCUUCGAUGCCUGGGGAUUCCUGCCCGCAGCGUCACCAACUAUGACUCUGCCCACGACACGGACGUCAGCAUGACCAUAGACAACUACAUGGACCAUAACCUGCGCGAAAUCGACGGAGGCGACUCUGUCUGGAACUUCCACGUGUGGAACGAGGCGUGGAUGGCCCGGCCUGACCUUCCCGAGGGGUACGGGGGCUGGCAGGCGGUGGACGCCACCCCACAGGAAACAAGUGAUGGCGUGUACUGCUGUGGACCGUGCCCUAUCUCUGCAGUGAAAAACGGACACGUCUACCUGCCGUACGACACCAAGUUCGUCUUCGCUGAAGUUAACGCAGACAAGGUCUACUGGCUGGUGGACAGGCAUAAGAACUUGCGAAAGCUGAGGACCAGAAAGGCCGCCAUCGGUAACAAGAUGAGCACCAAGGCUGUGGGCUCCAACGCCAGACACGAUCUCACGGAGAACUACAAGUACCCAGAAGGCUCUGACCAGGAGCGUGUGGCAGUCCGCACAGCAGUUUCACACGGACUGAAGCCGAACACUUAUGAUGAUGUCAUUGAAGAUGAGGACGUGGAAUUUGACGUCCAUGCUGACGAUGAGAUCUACAUAGGCCAGAACAUUCACGUCACCCUGUCCAUGAAGAACACCAGUUCAGAACCCCGUAAGGUCACCACCCACCUGACUGCCAGGGCCAUGUACUACACCGGCGUGCCUGCUCACGACAUUGGAGAGUUGGAGAAGGACGUUUUCAUUCCACCAAACGGAGAGGCGUCCGUAGAGAUGACCUUCACACCCAGGGAGUACCUGGACAUGCUGGUGGACCAGGCAAUCGUGAAGAUCCACGCCAUGGCUCACGUGGACGACACUAACCAGGUGUACUCAGGACAAGAUGACUUCCGCCUCAUGAGCCCGGACCUCACAGUCAAGGCUCCAACAAAGAUGACUUUAGGAGAGCAGGUGACAGCAGAGAUCGAGUUCACCAAUCCGCUGGACGUGACCCUGUCAAUGGUGGAGUUCCACAUCGAAGGUCCUGGGCUGCAGAAACCAAAGAAAAUUUCCCACACACCUAUCAAACCAGGAGAGACAGUUAAGGUCACUGAGAGGAUGACACCAAGGAAGGUGGGAAAGAAAACCAUCAUGGCGUCCUUCACCUCCAACAAGCUGACACAGGUCACCGGCGAGCUGGACGUCGUGGUCAGCUGAUCAAUCACGCGAGAAAAGUAAAACAACGCGAGAUCUGGCAUAUGUACAAGGCAUAUGUAUGUUUGGCCCAAACCACAUUUUCAGGAACUAUUUCACUAAUCAACAUUUCCUUAAUUCCGCUUGAUACGCAUUAAAAAGGAAAGGAAGAUUGUAUAAGAAGGCAGUUUAGUAGUAGUAGUAGAGUCAUUUAUCGUAGAUUUUAUACAUUUAUAGAUUUUAUUGGUUUGGAAAAUAUGACGAUUAUUUCCUGAUUGUGAACGUUGGUAAUGGGGCGAUACUGUUUUCUGAAAUGAUACAGAGCUUUGAUACUUACUGCAAUAUUGUUAUAUUAGAUUUUGACUUUACUUUGUACUUGGAAGAAACUAAUUAAUCCUUGUGACGUCAUUAGUUCCACAAAAAAAGAAAUAAAAUCUGUGUUUUGCAUAUUACUAAACGCGUGCAUAAUUGUCAAGAAAGUUGUUGAAUCAACAGGUUUUAAUUCAUUCGAAAAGAAAUCAGAUGGUAGUCCACAUAAAGACCUCUUACAAGUCGUUCGAUAUUAUUCUUUCUUUGUUGCUAUGAAAUUUUGGCCAAUAAAUGAAUUGAUUCUA